AUGCCUUGGUCACAUCACUCCCACUCCGGCCAGUUCUGCGGCCAUGCCACUAGCACACUCGAGGAAGUCGUGCAAACGGCCAUCAGCAAGAACAUGUCCACCUUCUGUCUCACGGAGCACAUCGCACGCCAACAAGUCGACUUUUAUCCGGGAGAAGCAGAGGAACAUACUCAGGAAACACUGGCCAGCCUGUACGACGACUUCUACCACGAGGCUCGCAGACUGCAGCAGAAAUAUGCCGAGCAGAUCCAGCUACUAGUAGGCUUCGAAGGUGAAUGGAUUCGCGACUACUCCCUACCGUUGAUACAGGACCUCUUGGAAAAGUAUCAAGUCGAUCUCUUCGUCGGCAGCGUUCAUCAUGUGCACACACUUCCCAUCGACUACGACACAGAGUACUAUCACAAAGCUCGUCACGUCGCAGGCGGGACCGAUGAGCGUCUCUUUGAAGAUUACUUUGACUCUCAGUGUGACAUGCUGAACGCUCUCAAGCCUCCGUUGGUGGGUCACUUCGAUCUCAUUCGUCUCAAGAGUGAUCAGCCAGAUCGAAGCUUGAAAUCUUAUCCUCGUGUUUGGGAAAAGAUCUUACGCAAUCUCAACUUCAUUGCUUCAUAUGGUGGUGUUCUCGAGUUGAACACAAGUGCCAUUCGCAAAGGCAUGCUUGAGGCUUAUCCUCAGAGCGAGAUCUGCAAAGCCUUCAAAGCCCUGGGCGGCCGCUUCACAUUGUCUGACGACAGCCAUGGCAUAGAUCAGGUCGGCCUCAACUACGACAAGACAUGGAACAACAAUGUCAUGCGGGCUGGCCUGACGGAGCUCUAUCGCCUGACGCCAACCACGGAUAAGAGCAAAGUGCAUGAUGAGCGUUUUCCCCAUGUAUGCUGGGAGAAAGUGUGGUGGUCGGACGUCCGCGACCACCCCUUCUUCUCAAGCUGA